UUGAAAAGGAAUACGUGCAUUUAAAAUUCAGAGAUAUAUAUCAUCAGUACGUAUACCGUAUAUCUGAAAAUUCCAUAAGACCGGCCCAGGUGAUGUACCACUCGUUAUACCGAAUCCAACCCUUAAAAGAGCCUUUCUCUCUAUCUCCGACGUUGGUUCUUCUUCUUCGUCCUCGUCCUGCGCCGCGAUCUCUCCUCCUCAGACUCCAACGUCUCUGUUGUUUAAUAUCUGCGAAGAAAAAUGCCAAAGGUUAAGACUAACAGAGUCAAGUACCCAGAAGGGUGGGAGUUGAUCGAGCCUACUCUGCGAGAGCUAGAUGCCAAGAUGAGAGAAGCUGAGAUGGAUUCACAUGAUGGCAAGAGGAAGUGUGAAACCUUAUGGCCGAUCUUCAAAGUCUCUCAUCAGAGAAGUCGGUAUGUAUAUGACCUUUACUACCGAAGGGAGGAAAUAUCCAAAGAGCUGUAUGAGUUCUGCUUGGACCAGGGCUAUGCAGAUCGUAGCCUGAUUGCGAAAUGGAAGAAGUCAGGAUAUGAACGCUUGUGCUGCUUGCGCUGCAUACAGCCAAGAGAUCACAACUAUGGGACGACAUGUGUAUGCCGUGUUCCCAAACACCUACGUGAAGAGAAGGUUGUGGAGUGUGUUCACUGCGGUUGUCAAGGGUGCGCAAGUGGCGAUUAAUCUGUUACAAUCCUCACUUCUGCAAUAUUUUAUGUUUAAAUCUGGAUUUUAUGUAAACGCUGACUAAAUCAUCAAUGUAAUAACACAUGUGUGCCUUUCUAUGUGAUUACAACUCUUAUCAUUUUUUGUGUUCUAAAAAGGCAACACCGCAGCCAAAGAUCUAAUCUAAAACGCUAAUCAAAUGAAAUCAUGCUACCCGAUUUGGUGCAGG